AUGGAAGGCGAGAAUAGAGAGUAUCGAAGGUUUGAUCCCCUUUUCGCCGGUUUUCAUACUCUCUUGAAGACCAGCAAUGCAAAGGUGAAAGAAACAGCUUUGCUCUGCCUGCUGGGUUUGGGUAACGUCGUUUCUACUUUGAACUCAGAAGUGGAAGCCAAUUAUGUGCAAGGCAAGGUAUUACAACUUCUAACCUUACAGCUUGGUUCUGAUCCUUUGACGAAAGCUGUAGCGUUUUCAGCAAUCACAGAAUUGGCUACAAAACAACAAUGCACAACUUUUCAACUUCUUGCCCCUCAUUUGAGCAUCAUCGCACCUGAGAUCGUUGAGAGGAUGUCCAAAACGCCAACCCUAUUCCUCGAGACGCUUCAAUUGACCAUGCAGAAUCAGUCCAAGUUUCUGCAAGCAACUUUGCAAUUCACUUUACCACGCAUAAUCGAAGUGCGAGAUGACAAAACGCUCAAUUUGAUCGCAAAAGGGAUUGGUUUGGAUGUGCAAACGAUGUGCUUCAAUAAUGCACCUGCCGUUUUAAAAGCACUUUUGAUGAUUCUUCCAGCAACCAAGCGCGAUCAUUGCAUGCAAACGUUCAUUGACAAAGUUCGUGGCUCAGGUGCUGACCCUGAAGGAAGAGCGAAUGACGGAAAUGUGGGCGGUAUCACACUCAAAAGCUUGUUGAAGGGAUAUUCAGUUGAACUGCUGGGACAUCUUGUAAGCAAUCUCGGUGACCCCUUACCUCUUCAACGCAAACGUGCUCAAGAAGGCCUGCAGUACAUGAGUGCAACCUUGAAGGAUCGUCAGAGAGCAAAUUUGUCAACGCAAAGUAGGAGCGUUGCACUCUCUCAAUACUUGAAAGAAGAAAUUCUCGCGAUUCUCUCAUGGCUCAAUGAGGAAUUGAUGAACGUGCACGGAAAGAAGACCAUGUCACACAAAGCCAAAGUAGCUCGUAGUAUUGGUGCCUUGAUUGGAAUUGUAGGCGAAUCAAUCUCAAGUGUGACGCCGCAAUUGAUGGCAACUCUCAAUACAACAAUGCAAGUCAAAGAGUUGAUGCUGCCCACACUGGAAAGCUGGAAUACAUUCGUUACGAUCGUUCGUGAUGAGAACACCGGUCCCUUUAUCGGACAAACUGCUGCUGCAUUUCUGGCAUCGUGGCCAAAAUUUGGAAAGGCAGAAAAGGUUGCAGCAAAUAGCAUUUUGACGUAUGUUGUUGUUGACAAUUACGCCAAAUUUGAGACAUAUCUCAACAACGGAGAAUUUCCAAAUUUGUCAGAGAUCAAGAAAGACAUUCCAGAAGUAUGGGAGAAGCUAUCCAGCUCGGCCAAGAAGCAAACCCCCAAGAGACCUGACGAAAGAUUGGCUGCAAUUCUUGGCCGUGUUGCCAACGAGAAUGCGAGUAUGUGUGGACAAGCAUUACAAGAGCUUCGAGUAUUCCUCCUUCGCGAGAACAAUUUCUUGGAUGAGGCCACGACGGGUAACGUAUUCGAACCUGUGAUUGGCAAAUUGAUCCGUGUACUCUUUGAAACUAUGGCAAGAGAUGAUGAAGAUAUUCGAGAUCUCAGUCUUGAAAAUCUUGGAAUCGUUGGCGCGAUCGAUCCUGAUCGUUUGCCCGUUCUGGACGAGGGUCAAAAGAACGUCCCUCUAAACGACUUCAACGACAAAGAAGAAUUAACCACAUAUGCUGUUUCUUUGAUUGCAGAUGUUUUGGUUGGAGCGUACAAGGCGACACAUGAUACAAAGCAUCAAUCUGCUCUUGCUUAUGCUAUUCAAGAAUUGUUGAAAUUCUGUGGUUUCAGCACCGCCCUCUUACCCGCUGGUGCAAAUACGGGUAGCGUCAGCUUAAAGACAAGACAACGUUGGAAUGCACAUUUAGCCGUUCACGUAGAGACAUUGGCACCUCUGCUCGAAUCCAAGUAUCUCGUUCAUCAUAAUGAGCCGGCUGUAAAACCUAGGCCAUUUUAUAAUUCAACAAAAAGUUUCAAGGAAUGGUUACAAAGCUGGACCAAUAGCCUAAUCAUCGAGAUAAAAGAUGAUCAUGUGGCUGCACUCUUUGACGUCUUUCGAUCAGUCAUUCGUGAUCAUGAUCUGAGCAUAGCCCAACACAUUCUACCAGACUUAGUCCUCAAUGCUGUUGUAUCGCAAGACGAAGGAGAUGCUAUCCAUGACGUACAUCAAGAAAUCAUCGCCGUCUUACAGGAUCAGGUAGCUGACUCUCCUAAAUUGCAUUCAGAACGUGCGGCUCAAGUAAUCUUUGGUAUCCUAGACCAUGUAAGUGUUUGGCAAAGGGCAAGACAACGAGAAAAAAGUCGUGGAAGCGCAUCUACAGCUGCGGAAGGUGAUGCAAGCAAAUCCAAACGAAGCAGUCGUAGAGAUGCAGCAGAAACGGCAAUCCAACGCGUUGAGAAUUGGAUGGCAGAUAUACCUACCGAUUUGAUGGCGAAAGCUUCUUUGCGCUGUCGUGCAUACGCAAGAUCUUUGUUGAAUCACGAAAAACGAAUCAGACUACUUCAAAGUGUCUCAGAAGAUGGAGAAUCAAAACCUGAAAUUCAAGAAAGCCUUGAGGAUGUUCACUUGAUCUAUGCCAAUCUAGAAGAACCAGAUGGAAUGGAGGGUGUUUCAUGUUCUGUUUUGCGACCUUCACUAGAUCAUCAAAUCCGUGAGCACGAAAGCACAGGACGGUGGACAUCAGCCCAAAGCUGCUGGGAAGUCAAGAUCCAGGAAUCACCGAAAGAUUUAGACUUACACAUUGGGUUGUUACGCUGUUUACGUAACUUGGGACAUUACGAUACGAUGCGAAUGCAUAUCAGAGGAGUGGUGGCAAGUGCAGGUACGCGGAGCGAUAUUUGGCAAGAUCGUCUAUCUGCAUUCUACGUUGAGGGAAGCUGCAUCCUUUCGGAUUGGGAUGAAGUUCGAAAAUCGAUCAAUACAUCAACACGUACGACACAGCUUGCCAUGGCCCGUGUCAUGUUGGCGAUGCAUGAUCAUGAUGUAUCAGCUUUCCAAUCGUCCAUCAAAGAUGCAAGACGUUUGGUCGGCAAAUCUCUGAUUGGACGAAAUAAGAGUAAAAGUGACUAUCUAGGAGAAUACGAAACUGUUUCCCAAUUACACAUGCUACACGAAUUCAGCAUGAUUGGACAAGCCCUAGGCUUGAUCGAUCACGGAACAUUGAAGUCUGGCUUAUCCACCCUUCCUUCGACAGACUCUUCUUCAGAUUCUAUCAAUGACCUCAAGAAAGCGCUCCAUAUUCGUCUCAAUUCAACAUUGCCUUCUUUCCGUACCCGAGAGCCUAUUUUGAGCAUGCGCCGAUCUGCUCUCAGCACCCGAUCUGACGAAAAUUUGAAGGUAUUAGCAGGUCAAUGUUGGAUCGCAAGCAGUAAAAUCGCUCGACGUGAAGGUCACUUGCAAACGUCAUACUCUGCCGCUCUCCAAGCAUCCCAAUGGAAAGUUCCUCUGGCAUUCGUGCAACACGCAAAGUUACUUGCAAUAAAUGAUCAAAAUCAAGCAGCAUUACAAGAAUUAAAGAAUUGUUUGCGCAAUGCUAAAGGUAUGGAUUCAAGUUGGAAUCAUUCUUUGGCAAAUGCACAUCUUUUCUGUGCACGAUUAGCAGAAGAAUCUGGACGACACCAUCCCAACGAAAUUGUUGAAUUGUACAAGCAUUGCUCUGAGUUGGAUCCCAACAGCGAAAAGAUGUGGUAUCAGCUCGGACGAUAUUACGAUCAGUUACAAGAGAAAGACAGUUCCGACCAAUCCGGAGCGCGGAUUGGAAACCCUCUUGUUCAGCAUUACAACACCUGCAAGUACUUCUUAUAUGCUGCCAGUUACGGAACAAAGUACUUCUAUCGAACCGUACCUCGUGUCUUAACAAUCUGGCUUACGAUCGGUGAUGAUGACGAGUUACUGACGGCUUUACGCAAAGCAGCCGCAGCUGCAGCAAGUACGGCAAAUGGUGCGACAAAGACAAAAACAAAAAGCCUCGAUAAUGCAUCUUUGGAGCACAUUGCGCAAUUCAAAAAGAUCAACGAUAUGAUUCGAAGGACAACCAGGACUAUUGCUCCUUAUCAAUGGCUGGCUGUAUUCCCGCAGUUGGUAUCACGGGUUGCUCAUCGAAACGAGAGCAUUUGGAAGACUUUGCAGGAGCUCAUUGCUCAUACAGUAGAAGUCUACCCUGAUCAAGCAAUGUGGAUCAUGGUUGCUGGUCUUCAAAGCACAGAUAGGAGUCGUAGAGAUCGAUUUUCGGAGAUCGUGAAUCGGGUAAAAACAACAGUGAAAUCCGCAAUUGAAACGCGCCAUACUGCUAAAACAAUUGAUCAGAUGAUCAAGAUGGCCAAAGAAUUGUUAUAUCUUUGCGAUUGUCCCGUGGAUGCAGAAGUGAAAAAGAUGGAAAUGAGCAGCAAAUUUCCUAGUCUUCUCUCCCUAGCACGCAGAGGUGAUGUCAUUCUACCAAUGCAAAAGAGUCUAUCUGUCACAAUGCCGCCAACAUUUUCUGCCGAUAGGGAUUACAAGGUAUUUGAUGACGACAUUCCACGGAUUGUUGAUCUUGACGAGACGAUUGAAGUGAUGCAUUCGUUACAAAGGCCAAGGAAGAUUAUAAUCAAAGCAUCAAACGGUAAAUCGUAUGCCUUCUUAUGCAAGCCCAAAGACGAUUUGCGGAAAGAUGCUCGUUUGAUGGAGUUCGAUAGUAUGAUCAACAAUCUUCUUCAAAGCAAUCCGGAUUCACGUAAGCGAAGGCUUUACAUUCGCACGUAUGCCGUUGUCACUCUCAACGAAGAAUGUGGGUUGAUCGAAUGGGUGCCAAACACCGUUGGAUUACGACACGUCUUGCAUCGUCUUUAUGCAAAUCGCAAUAUCCAUCUCUAUACUCAACAGAUCAAGGUGGAUAUGGAAGCCGCUAGAAAAGAUCCAAAGAAAGCAGGAGAGAUUUUUACGAAAAAAGUUCUCUCAAAAUACCCUCCCGUAUUCCAUGAAUGGUUCUUGACAAUGUUCCCUGAGCCAUCUUCAUGGUUGAUCGCUCGAUCCAAUUACGGUCGUACACUUGCUGUUAUGAGUAUGGUCGGUCAUGUUUUAGGCUUGGGCGAUCGACACGGAGAAAACAUCUUGUUCGAUUCCGUUUCUGGCGAUACGGUUCAUGUUGAUUUGAAUUGUUUGUUCGACAAAGGAACAACGUUCGAGAUACCCGAACGAGUACCUUUCCGACUUACGCAAAAUUUAGUCGAUGCUUUGGGUAUCACGGGCGUUGAAGGCGUUUUCCGUAAAGCGGCCGAAAUCACGAUGAACAUUCUACGUGAACAUAAAGACAGUUUGAUGAGCGUUUUGGAAGCAAUGGUACAUGAUCCUUUGGUUGAAUGGAAUUUGGAAGGCGGAAAGAGUAAAGUGACAGGUUCAAGAGCAGAUCCACGUGUUGCAGAAGCAAGGAAAGCAUUGGAUCCUAUCAGUCGUAAACUUCUUGGUCAAUUACGCAGACACGGUCAUCAUGGUGCAUGGACAUCAGUUCAUUCGACGAAUGCAUUGGUGGAUGCAUUGAUACGUGAUGCAACUAGCAGUACUUUGUUAGCACAGAUGUAUAUUGGGUGGGCUUCUUACUUGUGA